AUGGAACACACCCCCUCUUUCUCCUCGAUAUACCCAAUAGACGGGAUCCAAACAGCAAAUAAGAACAUACAUAGCUACUUCAUGAAAAAUGACAACUCGUACUGCGUGGACAGCCAGCACCGAUACGCUGGAUACAGAAAAGAGACAGACAGGACGUACAUUGUAGUCAUAUCAAAGUAUGAGAGCGUCACAGGAGACUACACCUACAAGCACAACAGUGCCUCUCCGGAAAUAGAGUGUCUAAUUGGGGAAAGAAAAGACAAUCUGCAGACAAAGAAGGUCUCUCUGUCUAACCUGCUCAAGACCAUCAAGGAGAUAGAGUACUCUCUGCCUGGCAUGGAAGAGGUGCAUGCAGGCGAGAUUUUCAUUGGCCUUGUAUAUCCAGAUGGUCUGAACCGGGUGAGCAUUCUAAACAUGGUAGACUCCAUUCUGAACCACUCUAGGUUCAAGGGAGUUCUUCUCCUUCCACUGUCCCUCAGCGUGUGCUUGGGGAUGGGGCUUUCAAAUGCUGUGGUUUACAUUGAGGCAGACAAAACGGUCUCUCUCAUCGAAGACAACUGCAUCUUUGACACCUUUACAGAAGGCAGGCCGGGCAGCACCACUCUGUACGGAAGCGAUGUUGUUGAGGAGUUUCUGAGAAAGGAAGAGCCUGCCAAGAGUGUAGAGGAGAUGGUUUGCUUUAUGUGCAGCGCGGCCUUUGAGAUAUCAGAGUUCAGCAUGCAUUUCCUUAACAAGCACAUGAUAGAUAUCUAUGCCAACCAAAGACACAGCGAUACUCUUCUGCACAAGUGCCGGCCCAAGGAAGAACCCGCACAGCCCGAGGAAGAGGCCCCAACUGACGUGGUUGCAGUGGGGAAAAGCAUGCUUCAGAAGCUUUCUCCUGCAGAAAGAGUUGCCAAGAUUAGAUCAACUGUUAUUUUUAUAACUGAGCAGGAUGUUCCAGAGCCAGAAACAGUACUAAAUACAGCAGCAGAUACUGCGCCAGACACAGCACUAGAUACAGUGCCAGAUACAGCAGAAGCAGGGCCAUCAGAGAGCACACUACCAGAGGAAAGCGAAGAGACCACCCGAGGGUUUGAGCAAUGCGCAAAGAACAACUCUGCAAUGCUGCCUCCAAUCAUUGAAGAUGCAGCCUCAUCAUCUGUCAUAUGCAUACAUGACUCAAAGAAGGCACAAACUGCAUGGAAUGGAGUCUUUGCUCUGGUGAAUAUCGAGCCAUCCAAGGACCUCUGGCUCACAGAUAAAGAGUGGCAGUCCGUGGGCCUGCGCGUUCUGAAGGAGAAAGUUCUUUUUCCCAUAUAG